AAGGAAUACACACAGAAUUGAGUCUUGGAUGCAGGAAGUGACAGUCAGGAGGGAAUACACACGGGAACGAGGCUUGGAUGCAGGAAGAGCCAGUCAGGAGGGAUUACACACAGAAACGAGGCUUGGAUGCAGGAAGUGACAGUCAGGAGGGAUUACACACAGAAACGAGGCUUGGAUGCAGGAAGUGACAGUCAAGUGGGAGAUUAGACACAAAAGGAGGCUUUAAUACAGGAAGUGCUCUGCUGGGUACACAUCUGAGAUUUGGCAAGCAAUGCUAGAGCCUGGACAAAGGACAUAGUAAUUCAAGCCUAUAUACACUGCCUCACACUGAUAUCUUUUCUCCGUACACACUGUCAGACAAUUGACCUUCCACAGUGGUAAAUGCAAAUCAGUUGCAACAAUGGCCCAGACUGAAUGACCAUACAGGAAGAGCAGCCACACAAUUCAGCAGCCUCGCUCUUUGUUCUGUGCAGGAGCUUGGUGUAUUCUCUGCUGCUGCACGAUACUAUUCAUACUGUUUAUACCUCUGAGAAUGAAUCUUGAAAAUCAAGCUUUUGCUGCCUGUGUAGUGGCUACAGUGAGCUACCUGCAAUCUCUGAAGAGGAGAAAGAGGAAGACACGUAACAGGAGCUGCUGGACAAAGGACUGGCUGCUGAGGAGAGAGUCCUUACCCCAUAAACCCCUAGUAAAUCAAAUUUGGGAAAAUAAUUCUGCUGACUACCGGAAUUUUCUGCAAAUGGACGACCCCACGUUUCAGGAGCUGCUGCAGCUGGUCACUCCGUACAUCGAGAGGGAAGACACCUUUCUAAGGAGAGCCAUACCCGCAGAGCAAAGGCUGGAGGCUACCCUGCGUUUUCUGGCUACUGGAAGGUCACUGGCAGAGCUAAAGUUCAGCACACUCAUCUCACCGCAAGCGCUGGGUCUCAUCAUACCGGAGACGUGCCAAGCCAUAGUCCAGGUGCUCAAAGAGAAAUAUUUAAAGAUGCCGUCUAACCCAGAGCAAUGGCUAGCUAUAGCCCAGGAUUUUGAAGAUCAAUGGAAUUUCCCCAACUGUGGAGGAGCCAUUGGUGGGAAGCACGUCUGCAUAAUGCCACCCCCCAACAGUGGUUCCUAUUUUUACAACUACAAGGGGUUUUUCAGCAUCAUCCUGAUGGCAGUUGUCAAUGCCAAUUAUGAAUUUAUCUUUGUGGAUGUAGGGAAGAAUGGAAGUAUUUCAGAUGUUGGGGCUUUGGAGCAGACUGAAUUCCAUGAUAGGCUCAAGAAAGGCACCCUACAUCUACCCUCUGAUACUCAGACGAAGUUUGGUCUUAAUUUUGUCUUUGUUGCAGAUGAGGCAUUUGGACUGCAGACCAAUGUGCUUAAACCAUACCCCCAAAGUGGCCUGAACCAUGAAAGGAAGAUUUUCAAUCACAGGCUGUCAAGAGCUAAGAGGGUGGUUGACAAAGCCUUUGGGAUCUUGAGCAACCGCUUCAGAAUAUUCCACACUACCAUCAAUUUGAGGACUGACAAAAUUGACUGGGUGGUUUUGGCCUGUUGUGUCCUCCAUAACUUUCUAAGGCGUAAAGCCUCUGUAGCACAAGCUUCUACAUCUGCAGUGGAUAACUCUAUGGAGUAUACAGGGGAAGAUGACAAAUGGACAUCUCUGGAGCCUGGCCUAUUGAAAGGUCAUGCUGACCAGGCCAGGCAAAAUAGGGAAAAGUAUCUGAUGUAUUUUAAUGGAGAUGGUGCCAUGGAAAGGCAGAAUGACAUGAUGGUAUAAAUGUGCCAAAUAUUGCCAAAA